AUGGUGACCCUCAUUAAUCCAGCCAUCAAUGCCCAUGAAGUUGUGAAACACUUUAUAGCUUUGACAUAUCAACCUUGCUGUCAAAUUAGGCAGAAAUUCACCAGUGGGUUCGUGAAGUACUAUUUGACAAAAACAGAAGCAGAAAACCAAAAGGAGACCACCUCCUGCGGCAGCACAGAGGACGAGGAGGAAGCCAGCAAAGGAGAGGACUCCGAUGACAAGGGGCACCUGGUCAAGAUUUUGGCAAAGCACGUCCGUGGGGCAUCGGUGAGCGUGGCCUACAAGCGCCGGGUGGCGGAAGAUCUGGUGAGCGACCUCCUUGGCGUCUUCCAAGCGCGCUUGGCCAGCAGUUUCUUCCCAGUGCUGGAGCCAGCCAUCGGGGUGGGCAGCGCCUUUGAAGGUUGGAAUCCCCGGGGGCAUGAUGCGGUCUACCGCCUGCUUGUGCCCCUGAAGCCUCCCCGUGGGCACACGUUCCACCUAGAGCUGGGCUCUGCGGAGAAGAUGCCGGCAAAGAGCCGCGUCCGUGUUCAGCUCCAAUGCACCUGCAUGAGGGGCCAAGGUGUGGGGAACAUGCUGUGCUUCGUGCACCAGCCCGAGGAGGCGCUCAGGACAAAUCAGGAUUCCAACCUCCUCAGCGACCUCUGCACCAGCGCUGCACGUCCAGGCUUCUACCUGGACGUGCAGAAAAUUGCCCGCUGGUUCCAGACCUUGGUGAGCUCAGCCUGGGGGGAGAUGGCUCAGUGGCAUCACUACAGCAUGAAGGUGCUGCCUUCCCGCCGCUCCUGCAAGCUGCAGCUGACGAAUGCCUGCGGGAGAUCCCUCUUUGUGGAGGUGAUGUUCGGGGUGCAGCAAGGCAACUCGGACAUCUUCCUGAGCAGCCAGGUUGCAGAGCACCCCGGCUGCUUCAUCCCGGGCACAACGUGGGCAGAGAGCUGUGCCGUGGCCGAGGCCAAGUUCUUCAGGCACGUGGCCAAGCAGGCCCCGCAGGACACCUUCCACCUCCAAUGCCUGCAGCUCUGCGCCGGCAUCCUGGAGGGCACAAGCUUGUCCACCGAUACCUUGAAGACCGUUGGGAUGCACCUCCUCAACACCCUGCCCCCGACAAGCUGGACAAGGAGGGAAUUCGUCUCGCGGAUGCAGGAUAUCAUGUGGGACCUGCGCAAGUGCUUGGAGGAGAAACGCCUCAACCACUUCUUCCUUGGCAAUGAGAACAUGCCCAAGGACAUCACCUUGCCCCCAGCCUUCCAGGCGGCUGAGCCCCUCAACCUCUUCCAGUGCCUGGUGCAGGAUCCAGCUGCCCACGCCAAGGCACUGCGUGAGCUUGAGGAAGUGCAAGCUCAGCUCAGAAGACUGCUCUUCUGUGGAGUCUGA